AUGGAGGGUUACCACAAAUGUAACAAUUGUGGCCAGGAGGGCCACUUUGGCAAGGACUGCCCCUCCCUUGCUAGGUGUGAACUUGUGGUAUCUACUUCGCGAUCGGGUUUGGUCAGGACAUUGUCCUUUUGUGUUAGAUGUCCAGUGGAGGUAGAAGGGCGUAGAUACAAGGUAAAUCUGAUCUACUUACCUCUACAUGAGUUAGAGGUGGUCUUGGGAAUGGAUUGGCUCUCUACCAAUCGCAUUCUUAUAAAUUGCCGAGAGAAAAAGUUAUUGUUCCACAACUCGGUAGAGCCCGAGUUGUUGUCAUCUCAAGGGGUCAUGAAAGAGAUCCAAAGAGGCGCGCAGUGCUUCAUAAUUUUCAUUCAUCUUGAGGUAGAGAAGGAAGAAGGGACAUCGGUCAUACUAGUACUACAUGAGUUUGAGGACGUGUUCGUAGAGGAAGUACCAGGGUUGCCUCCCAGUAGAGAGGUGGAAUUCUCAAUUGACCUGGUGCCUGGAACCGGUCUAGUGUCGAUGGCUUCGUAUCAUAUGGCUCUGGCGAAGUUAGUGGAACUCAAGAGUCAAAUAGAGGGGCUAUUGAGGAAAUAG